CGUAUCGCUAGAAUAAAAGCGCAUCCAGCACCAGGAAAACCUGCAUUCGUAUUUUGCACAUUCGGCGGGCUGAACCUCAGACAAUUUCGCCAUGGCUGCCCAGACAAUACUUUUUGAUUUUACCCUGGAUGCUGGAAAAACAGCGACUUCAAUACAACGCCAAGAAGUGGCCCGUAUUGUUCGCAACGAGCUAGAACAUGUGUUCACCCAAUUGGAACUUGCCUAUUCUAUGGAAUCCAUGGAUAAUGGAUACUUUUCGGUGCUGCACGAGAAUAAGGAGACAAUUAUAACGUGCCGCAUCUUCCAACAGGGUUUGUUAACCAUCAAUGUGGAGUAUUACUUGGCUGCCGGAAAGGAACCAGUCUUAUCCUUAGAUACCAUGCGAACAAUGGAGCUUAUUCUACGUCAGAAAUUAGAUUCCGAUCGAUCCAAGUAUUUACCGCCUAUAAAACGUGGUGGAUAUAUUGACAUAUACAUGACUAGCUCAGAUGAGCGCAUUAUUGAAUACGACAUCGAUACCCUUGUCUAUGAGGCUCGUUCGCCGUUCCAGAAGAUUCAAAUCCUGCACUCCAAGACGCUGGGCAACAUGCUAAUUUUAGACGAGCUGCAGAAUAUUGCGGAAUCUGAUUUGAUCUAUACGGAAACCCUAAUGGGCCGCGGCAUUGAGAACUACGAGGGCAAGGAGAUAUGUAUACUGGGCGGCGGAGAUGGCGCUCUACUCUACGAGCUGCUCAAGGAAAAGCCCAAGCAUGUGGUCAUGCUGGAAAUUGAUGAGCUUGUUAUGCAGGCCUGCAACAAGUAUCUGAGCAGCAUUUGUGGCGAUGUGUUGGAGAAGCGCAAAACCGAUCAAUAUGAGAUCAUAGUGGGCGAUUGCGUGGACUAUAUGAAGAAGUUCAUUGCGGAGGGGCGCAAGUUUGACUAUGUCUUUGGCGAUCUAACUGAUAUACCCAUUUCGGAUGCACCUAUUGGCGAAUGCUGGGAUUUUAUACGUACCAUCUUUGAGCAUUCAUUCCAGCUGCUCAAGCCGGAUGGCAAAUAUCUGACUCAUGGCAAUGGCACAAGCUGCUUGGAAUCGUUGCAGUUGUUCGAGGAACAGCUACGAUUGCUUAAGCCGAAGGUUAAGUUUACUACAACCAAAGCUUUUGUGCCGUCAUUCAUGGAAGAAUGGCUCUUCUAUCAAGUAACUUUCGCUUGACCAGCUCAAAUUGAAGCAGUUAUGCGACGACGACAAGCACCACAAUUACAGCUUACAACUAGCACGAACUUAACAACAGCAGCAACAACAACACCCACAUCGUGUAUCCAGAAUGCUACAUCCAACACGCAAAUCGUUCUCACACCCACAUUACAAAUCUAUCCAGUUGAGCUCAGCACCAAGGAGCCGCUGUUACUGCACAGCUACACCGUGAUAUUGCAUGCUGCCAAGACGCAGCAGCUGCCACAGAGUCUACACAACAAUAUUUUGCCCCUCAAGAAGCGACGUAAGAAGCGUGUGCAUUACCAUCAUGCCCUGGUUUCCUAGUGGAGGCUAUUCAUCAAAUGUAACCAAAAAGACAAAGAAACUACUUAGCAUCACUAAUAGCACCCAAAACAAUAAAACAACAAAAUAGACUUCCAAGGGCUGUAACUAGCAUCUGAUAACCAAACCAAAAACAAAUAUUUAAAGUCCAAUUGAUAUAAUUUAAGUUAGGAUUUAGUUGUGUUUUACGUUCAUUGAUUUUAAAACUAAAACUAAGUCAGGCUCAAAGGCAAGAAGAAAAGAAGCCGAAAAGUGUUAUGUAUUUAUUUGUGCUUAUUUAAUUAUUUAACAUUAUAAUUAAUGUCUAGUAUUUUCAUAAACAUACAUAAUAUUCUAUAUAUAAUUAGAAUUCAUGUAAUUUUUCAAUUAGACGCAAUUUAAAGCGUGUUUAUGAGAAAUGGAGUGUUAGGAGUGUAGCUGAUGGCUGAUGUCACUUGAUAUAUUUGAAUAAAAACAGCAAUAAAAUGUCGUACGCAAAAUAAA